ACCUUUAGCUUCCUCCUAAAUUGCCAUCAAAACAUACACCUUGUGAGAGCUGAAUAACUUUUCAGAGGACAUUAUUUUUACCGUGACACAAGGAUUAAAGCAACAACAUCAGGAUGUCCAACAAAAAGAAACCAACAGCAACUUCAACAUUUUACAGUGAACCAGCGAUAGUGGAGGAACUGUACACUGGAUACCUGCUCAAGUCCCCCGCUCAACCAGCCCUAACUAAAAGCAUUAAAUCAUGGAAGCGUCGUUUCUUUGUGCUCUCCAAAACGGGUGAAGACUACCAGCUGACAUAUCAUGCAAACAACGAAACAAAAGAGAUAGACCUUUCUAAGAUCAGCCUGCUGCGUAUUGGCCCUGAGGCACAUCAGAAGUGGGACUGGAUCCAGAAAAACUUCAAGUGUUCUCUGUCCUCUGUGCUGUUCUUGAAGGUGGACGACGACACACCAAAACACUCUAGAGACUAUUUCCUAAUUGGAGAAAACAGUGAUGAUGUGGAUGGUUGGCUCAAUGCCUUAGUCAAGGUAAUGAAGACCCAGAAAUCACAAAAUACCCUUCAGGAAAACAGAUUUAGAUCAGCAUCUGAACCUGUGAAGAGUUCGGAACCAAAGGUUGAGGAUCAGCCUGAUGACAGACGGUCAGCACCUGAAUUAAUGUUAACUUACCCGUCACCGUACAGCCAUUAUGACUAUCCUCGCAAACUCAGCGAACCUCCAGUACCAGUAGCACUCAAGAUUCCAGUUAUUGAACAUAAAGAUGAGAAGGAUGAGAUGCAGGAUGAAUCUGCAGAGGACAGCAAUGAAUACAUGCGCAUGGCAUCAUUGCAAAGAGCUUUGGAAGUUGACCAAGAGGAGGCAGACACUACAUGCAUGCAGAAAAACGCUUCCAUUAAUGGUCACGAGUCCUCUGUGUGCAAUGGUGCAGUCAACCAGUAUGAGGACGAUGAAAAUAAAUGUGAAACACACACACAUGUUGAGAAGGAGAUCUGCGUUAGUCAAAAUGAUCUGAAAAACAGUCUGAUCUUGACUCAGGCAGAGGGCAAACCCUGUGUCUCUGACUGUCGGAUGGUUCAGGACUCGUGUCUCUUCCAUAAGGGGGAUCAGAUUCUGGCCUUCAAUGACCUGCUUAUAGACACAGUAGAAGAGAUACAGAUGUACUUAAGAAGACUAGGCAAGGAUGAGGUAAAACUCACUAUUCGGCGGCUUAUAGGAUCCCAGCCUCUGCACUCUGAACCCUGUCCAACAUAACGGGGACAUGAAACAAAAUCGCAUGUGAAUUCAGCAGCAUCAAGAUAUUAGAAAUACAGGUGGAAAACAAGGUGUUAAUGAAGAACAGAAGAGGCAG